AUUUCUAAUUACACACGCGGACACACAACAUGUUCCAAACUAAAUUCACAAUAAAGUAUUGCAAAUUUGUUAUCAAUAUCGUAUCUCUCGCUGGAAAAAUCGAAAGAGGCCUAUCAUCAAGCUCAUAGUUCAUCGAUAUUACAAAUUUCACAGCCAAUAAUCUCCAACCUCAGCAAGCUAAAUCGUUAAGCCACCGAAAAUGGGAGGCCAUGGCGGCCUCAACAUUCUCCUGCAGAAGCGGUGGAACGUCUACAACUACGAGAACAGAGAAAAGGUCCGCCGCGACGAGGAGCAAGCCGCUAGAGACAAGCAGAUCAAGCGCGAAGAGGUCAGAAAGCACAACGCCGAGCUCCGCCUCGAGCGCCUCCGCACCGCCAAGGGUUUGACUCCUCUCGUUAAGGCCAAGGCAAAGAAAGAGAAGGGGGAGAAAGAAGAAGAAGAACCGGAAUUGAAGAAUUCGGGUGACAACAGGCACAUUAACUUGUUAGAGGGGAUUAAGAUUUUCGAUCCUGUACGAGAAACCGAGAAGAGGAAGGAGUUGUUAGGGGAAAGGGAAGGGUGAAAGAAGGAGAAGAGGAUGAAGAAAGAAGAAGGAAAGUCCUCGAGGGUGGUGGUGGGUCCCGAGGAUGAGAAGUAUAGGUUAGGGUACGGGGUAGUAGGGAAG